CAAGUUUCCCAUUUACCGAGCGCUGCCGGCACCCGCCGAAGGAGGAGCCGUCCCGACGAGGCGUCCCCGUUCCCAGCCCGCGGGCUCUGGAGUUUAUAAAGCGCAGGAUUAGCGCCCCGAGGGCACGGCCACACCUGGAUUUACCUUCCGGCCCGCGCUCGGCGGAGCUUUUGGGGAAUACAGAACGAGCGGCGCGAGGAUGAGAGCGCGGCGCGCCUGCGGCCUGACGCUGCUGUUAGUGCUUUUGCAGCAGAGUGCGUCCGGCUCCGGCGUCUUCCAGCUGAAGCUGCACGAGUUCGUCAACAGCCGCGGGGCGCUGGCCAGCGGAGAGCCCUGCGCCCCGCACUGCCGCACCUUCUUCCGUGUCUGCCUCAAGCACUUCCAGGCGGUGGUGUCGCCGGGCUCCUGCACCUUUGGCAGCAUCAUCACCCCGGUGCUGGGGGUCAACUCCUUUAGCAUCCGCGACACGGAGCGGUUCGACAGCCCCAUCAAGCUGCCCUUUAACUUCACGUGGCCGGGGACCUUCUCGCUCAUCAUCCAGGCCUGGCACGCGCCCGCCAAUUACCUGCCGCAAGGCUCGCGGCCGCCGCCGGAGGAGUGGCUCAUCAGCCAGAUGGCCAUCCAGCGGUCGCUGGCGGUGGGUGAGGUCUGGUCUCAGGAUGUGCAGAGCAGCCUGCUGACCCAGCUGCGCUACUCCUACCGCGUGGUCUGCAGCGAGAACUACUAUGGAGAGAGCUGCUCCCGCCUCUGUAAGCGCCGCGACGACCGCUUUGGGCACUAUGUCUGCGAGGUGGAUGGCAGCCUGACCUGCCUGCCUGGCUGGACCGGCGAGUACUGCACCAAGCCCAUCUGUCUGUCUGGAUGUGCCGAACAGAAUGGAUAUUGCACCAAGCCUGGAGAGUGCAUCUGUCGUUCUGGUUGGCAAGGCCGCUACUGCGAUGAAUGCAUUCCCCACAUAGGCUGCCGCCAUGGGACUUGUAAAACACAAUGGCAGUGCAUAUGUGACGAAGGAUGGGGUGGCCUCUUCUGUGAUCAAGAUCUGAACUACUGCACUCACCACAGACCAUGCAAAAAUGGAGCAACUUGCAUGAACACUGGCCAGGGCAGCUAUACAUGUUCAUGCAAACCUGGCUUUACUGGUGUUGACUGCGAACAUGAGAUCAGCGAGUGUGACAGCAAUCCCUGUAGGAACGGCGGUAGUUGCACAGAUUUGGAGAAUGGUUAUCGCUGCGCCUGCCCCCCUGGCUACUAUGGAGCUCACUGUGAGCACAGUGCUUUGACGUGUAUCGAUUCUCCGUGCUUCAAUGGAGGCACAUGCUUGGAAAAAGAACAAGGAGCCAGCUACACUUGUGUUUGCCCUUUUGGUUUCACGGGGUCAAACUGUGAAAAAAAAGUAGACAGGUGCACAAGCAACCCAUGUGCAAAUGAUGGUAAUUGCUUUUACCUUGGUCAGAUUCGUGUGUGUCGUUGUCGGGCUGGCUUCUCUGGUCAGAAAUGUGAGAUUAACAUCAAUGACUGUGCCAGGAACCCGUGUUCCAAUGGGGGAACUUGUCAUGACCUGAUCAAUGACUACACGUGCACGUGCUUGCCAGGCUAUAGCGGCAGGAACUGUGACAUCAAGACCAGAGAUGAAUGUGCUUCUGGGCCAUGUGAGAACGGAGGCACAUGCUACAGUGGACUUUAUAGUGCCAACUUUGUCUGCUACUGUCCUUCUGGCUUCAUGGGCAGCCGUUGUGAACUACCAGUUUAUUCAGUGCCCAUCACACUUCCUCCUAAACCAGUCCCCUGGAUUGCUAUAUCUAUGGGAGUGGGGCUUGUGGCUUUGCUCAUACUGUUCUGCAUGAUAGCAAUGGUCAUCAGGCAGAUGAGGAUGCACCCACAGCAGGACUUGGAGACAAUGAAUAACCUGUCUGACUUCCAGAAGGACAAUCUCAUUCCAGCUUCCCAGCUCAAAAACACCAAUAAAAAUAAAGACCUUGAAGUGGACUGUGGGCUCGAGAAGUCAAACUACAAACCCAAGAAUCAUAAACUGGACUACAAUCUAGUAAAAGAUCUGACGAGUAGAGGGACACAGGAAGAUAAAUAUUACAAAAGUGAAAAGUGUUUAGGAGAGAAGUCUCCACUCCGACUACACAGUGAAAAGCCGGAAUGUAGAAUAUCAGCGAUAUGUUCUCCAAGGGAUUCAAUGUACCAGUCCGUCUUUGUGAUAACAGAAGAAAGGAAUGAGUGCAUCAUAGCCACAGAGGUAUAAGACUGAAGAUCAGCCUGUUUGCACCUCAGAUUUGGUAAUGCCAGUAGAUGGACGUUCCUGCUGCAUUGUUUACAAUUCAGAACUGGAUUGGACUGUUUGUAAUUACAUGCAACUUGCUGCUCUCAGGUGGAGGAUGGAACUGGACAGACUGUGAAUUUACUGAAAGAUGCAAUAGACUUAUUCAUUCUUACUGCUCUUGUUUGACAUUUGAUGCCACAAAUCUCACUGGCUAUACAUGAAGGGAGGCAGAGGGAAGAGAGAGGGGUUAAACAUGUUAACUUUUGAUUUGCUUUUGAAAGAUACUGAGGCCAAUUCCUCAUGGCCAGACCCGUGGCUUUCCAGAACUUUGGUAUGGGAGGUGCUGGUAGAUGAGGAGGCACUUAACUGUCACAGAUGUUGCUGUGGAAGGUGUGAAGAAAGGUGCAUGGCUGUGCAGAUAAUGGAUACAGUAUAAAUGAGGUCUCCACUUUAUUUUUUUUUUUUUUUAAUGGGUUUAAAAGUGCCUAAAAUCUGUCAAGAGAAUCUAAUGAGCCCAAACAGAGACUCGACUGCUCUUCUUGCAGUUACCUGAGCAGUAUUGGGCAGGGGUGAUUGACACUUCCUGCUACACGUCCACUUGCAUCUCCUCUCUCCUGCUGCAUGUACUGGAGACAAUUCAAGGGGCAAGAGGAGGAAGGAAAGAGGGGGACUGACUUUACAUGUCAUUGCAUUUGGUGAUGCUUUGGAGAACUGAUUGACCCAAGCCACAACAUGGGACAGGAUUUUCCUGGAUUUAAGCAUUUGAGAAGGGAAAGAUGUGGUGAGAAGGAAUGUCUACUGCCUGUUUCCCAUUGAUAAUGAGGAGAGACAUGAUCCCAAUCCUGUUUGAAGCCUUACAUCUGCAUUUAAAAUCAGUCGGCUCCUAGAACCUUGUAUGUGCUGAACCGUCUCAGCCAUUCUCACGCCUUUUGCACUACCAGCGAUUGUGAAUAGACAUUCUCUUUUCCCUUCCUCAUUCUCUCCCUCAGCCCCCUUAUAAUGACACAGAUUUGGGGGUUUACGUUGUGUUUCUGACUUAGGUGCCACCUUCUUCUGCAAAUGGUCUCAAAGUUGCUGCUGUUAAUUUCCAAAGGAGAAGCAGCAGUGUCAUCCCCCUAUUUCUCCAUCGGGUUGCAAAUUGCCGAUUCUGUCCUUCAUCCUGGUUCCAAGUGCCCAAUAUCAAAGCACCCACUGAGAUGCCCUCCACCAAGACAGGUGGAGAACAGAGUCAGAAGGUUCUAGGCUUGUCCUGUUUCUUUUACACCUGCCCGCCGCUGCACGGGGAAGGGGAACACUGCCCUGGACAGCAGAGGCCUGCAGAAACUCUUAUUAAGCAUUGACAGCAAUAAUAUUGGACAUCCCAGAGGAAAGUGCUGUGAUAGUAAUGACAUGAGACUGUGCGGUGGGGCAGAACGAGGAAGGAAGAAACAAAGUCUCUUUGAAGAAACCUGCAUCAUCCCUUCUCUUGGACAGUGACAUCUCUGCCCUUGUAAGUCCUGUUGGACUAGCCCACCUACUGCCUUGAACUGUGCAGACAAGACCCCUUUGUAAUGUCCACUACUGACCUUCUGCUCUGACCGUGUAGGACCGUUUGGAAGAUGACCUUCAGAAAUCAAUAAUAUGGGUUUUAGUUCAUCUGUUUGUAGUUUAUUUUGAAGACUAGUAUUUCAGUAAUUUAAAAAAAAAAUCAGAAGCACUGAACUUUCUACGUUUUAUAACAUUAUUUUGUAUAUAAUGUAUAUUUAUAAUCAAAACAGAAGUGUAAAUAUGUUUAUUACUUCUCAUGUAAUGUUUUUAAUGUGAUGACAAAGUUUGAAUUUUAUUUUUUUUUUUUUUCAAGCAAUGAAAAUACU